AUGACGGUCAAGAGCCCAAACAGUCCUAAGCCACUCAAGGUCGCCAUCAUUGGCGGAGGUCCCGGGGGACUCGGCGCUGCAAUCGAGUUCGGCAAGUUGGACUACGUCGACUGGACGCUUUACGAAAAGAAGCCCCAGAUCAGUGAGACCGGCGGCGGCAUCAGUCUACAACGACACACCUGGAGGCUGUUGGAGUUGAACGGGACGGCCAAGAACAUAGAUCCAAAUGACUACUUUAGAUCUCCUGAUGGCACGAGUGGACAGCAACGGAACGGGAGGACCGGGAAGCUCCUAGAGCAGAGCAGUCACCCCAAAGAUACGCUGCCGCAGCAGUUGAGCUGCCGCAUGAUGCGGGCUAAGCUGCAAGCCGCCCUCCUCAAAGACGUCGACCAGUCGCGUGUCAAGACCUCGAAAAAGCUGGUUGAUAUCUCAGUGCUCCCUAGUGGCCGGGUUCGAAUCGGUUUCGAAGACGGCCUCAUUGACGAAGUGGACUUGCUCGUCGGAGCUGACGGAAUCCGAUCGUUUGUGAGAUCCUUUGCCUUCCCCUCACACAGGAUCAAGUAUAACGGCCAAUCCGCGUACCGCACCAUCAUCCGCAAAUCGGAAGCCGAAAAGAUCGACGGGAUCCCCAAGUCUCCCGUCUUCUGGCAGAACACUGGGGGGAAGUACGUCUUCACCUGCCCCCUCGGCGGAGACGACUUCGAAGUCACGGCACGCAUCCGCCGCCCGGCCGAGGGACAGGAGCACGUCAGCUGGGGCCGCCCCUUUGACUUCGCGACCAUCGCGUCAGAGUACGACGAGUUCUGCGAGCCCGUCCGCAGAGUCGUACAGCUCGCCGCCCAAGGCGAGACCCAGGAAUUCGCCCUGUUCUCGGGUGCCCGGCUGGAGAGCGUCAUCUCCCACGGCGCGCUGGCCCUGAUCGGGGACGCUUCCCACCCCCUAUCGGGCGCUUUCGGCGCCGGCGCGGGGUUCGCGCUGGAGGAUGUGUACGCCUUGACUCGGAGCAUCGACUGGGCGCAGCGGAAUGCCAAGGGCUUGCCGGCGGCGCUAGAGCUGUAUGACCAGAUCAGGUCGCCGCACUACCGCGACCUGUACGGUGUUCUGGACAACUUUGCCACUCUCAACUCCUCACUGCUGGCCGAGAAACUCCCCGCAAAUGAGGAGAUUGAGGAGCGUGUGAGAAGAGUGGGCGAGAGCAAGAGUACCUGGAUGUACCACUAUGAGAUAGACAAGGCCGUGGACAAGUUCCUUGGAGCGGCCGGCCCACUUGGCCAGGUCACAGCCGUUCUCUAA